AGCUGAGAGCUCCCCUUGCGGGCGGGAGCUAGGCUCAAGGCUUAAGGCUUCUGGAGGCCCAGUAACUGAUGAGGACCGGGCUCAGCGAGGGGCGGGGCUCAAGAGCUGUGGCAGCAACAGAGCUAAUGUCCGCGAGGGUGGGGCUCAGUGAGGGCGGGGUUUAGAGCUCUCGCAGUGACAAAGCCGAUGCCCCGGGCUCUCGGAAGGCCGGGCCCAGUGAGGGGAGGGGCUAAGGGCUCGGCAGAGUUCGUAGCCCACGCGUUCGGAAGCGGGGCUCGAGAGAGGGAUGGGGAUUUAGAGCCCUCGAGGCGACGCAGCCGACGCUAAGGACUGGGCCCAUCGGGAAGGGGCGGGCUCAGUGAGGGCGGGGUUAGGGCUUAGCCGCGACGAUGCCGGGGGCGGGGCUCACAGGGAAAGAGCGGGCGGUCGUCACAGGGGUCGACGGGCCGCGGCCGGACAGCCAGGCUGACUGACGGCGGCAGGGGGACUGGCUAGGCCAGCUGGGUGCACGGCGUGCCGCCGCCAUGACAGAGCAGACCUACUGUGACCGCCUGGCCCAGGACAGGCCUUUCCUCACAGGCCUUGGGCGCCUGAGUGAGCAGCAGGUGGACAGGAUUAUCCUCCAGCUGAACCGCUACUACCCCCAGAUACUCAGCAACAAGGAUGCAGAAAAGUUCCGGAACCCCAAGGUAUCUCUGCGAGUGCGUCUCUGCGACCUCUUGGGCCACCUGCAGCGGAGCGGUGAGCGGGACUGCCAGGAGUUCUACCGGGCCCUGUACAUCCAUGCCCAGCCCCUGCACAGCUGCCUGCCCAGCCGGCACGCCCUGCAGAACUCAGAUUGCACAGAGCUAGACUCGGGCACCGCAGGCCGUGAGCUCAGUGACAGGGGUAACCGCCUCCCAUGUCCCUUCUCUCUGUUCCCCCACCCAAGGCUCCAUCUCUGCCUUGGGGGCUUCUCCAUUCCAAGUCGGGUUCCGUUCCUGGCUUCCUGUUGGACAGACCCCCUCAGGGUGCUCACUGGGUGUGUCCCUGCCCAGCUGACCCCCGCACAGGGUGUGAGCCUGUCCCUCGAGGCCUCUGGACCCCUCCCGCCCUCCUGGGCUCGGGGAGCUGCUCACGUGCAUUUCUCCCCAGGACCCGUGGCCUUCCUGACCUGUCUCGGCCUGGCCGCAGGGCUGGCACUCCUCGUCUACUGCUGCCCCCCAGACCCCAAGGUGCUGCCAGGGGCCAGGCGUGUCCUGGGCUUCUCCCCUGUCAUCGUCGACAGGCACGUCAGCCGCUUCCUGCUGGCCUUCCUCACAGAUGACCUGGGGGGGCUCUGACCGAUCCCAUCCCUGCCCACCUUGGCUGCUUGCUGCCCUGGGGCUGGCUGGCUUUUCUAAGUGUUUAUUUCUCACUGUGUAUAACUUAUGUAACAAGCACUUUACCUUCACUGUACAAAGGUGCUCAACAAUAUUAAAUGUUUGAGUCUUAUUCCUUU